GGAGAGGGCGAUUACAAUUGAAGUUUAAACAUGGCUGCAAGGCAGAACUUUCAAUGCCUGGAGGACCAUCUCCUGUGUCCCAUUUGUCUGGAGAUCUUCAAACAGCCCUUAAUGCUGCAAUGUGGUCACAGCUACUGUAAGAACUGCAUCCACUCCCUUUCUGGAAAUCUGGCCAGUUGUUUCACUUGCCCUGUGUGUCGAAAGGCAGUGGACAGCAGAAGCUCUUCUCCCAAUGUUUCUCUGGCUCGUGUCAUCGACACCCUGAUGGUAAUGAAUGGGUCCAGUGGUGACCAGGAAAAUUGCAGGGAUCAUCACAAUCCGCUGAGUCUGUACUGUGAGAAGGACCAGCAGAUAAUAUGUGGGCUCUGUGGAAUCAUCGGACAACACAAGCAGCAUAAAAUAACACCACUCUCGAGUGUGUAUGAGAGAAUGAAGGAACAACUGGCUUUGCUCAUAACAGGAGUUCAGACGCAAAAGAACAGCAUGGAGGGGCAAAUGAACAAGUUGAUACACAACAAGACCCGUAUCAUUAAUGAAUCUGACGUCUUUAAGUUGGUGAUUCAGAAGGAAUUCCAGGAACUCAGGAGUUUUGUUGAUGAUGAAGAGGCCAACAUCAUUGAGACCGUACAAUUAAAAUGUACUUCUGCCGUUGAAGUAAUUGAUGAACAAUUGGCAGAGAUGUCCAAAUCUUUAAACCAGUUUGCUGAAGUUGAGGCUUCAUUGAAGAAAUUGAGCAAUGAAAAUCACUUAGAUUUCAUCCAAAAAUACAGUUCAAUUGUUUCAAGUUGCAAACUGGCGACACAGCCACAGUCUGACAAAGCCUUCAGCACAAUCUCCUUCAAACCUGGCUUUAGAGAUGAUGAUAUCAAACUGACCGUCUGGAAAAAACUGCAAAAGAGAAUUUUACCAGAACCAGAGGAAUUAAAAUUAGAUCCCAGCACUGCACAUCCACUUCUGAUCAUAACCAAUGGUAGCACCAGGGUAGAAUGUGGAACGUAUCUCAAGCGCUUGUCAUUAGUACAGGAACGAUUUGACUACAAUACCUGCAUCCUCGCCAACAAAGGCUUUUCCUCAGGCAAGCACUACUGGCAAGUGAUUGUCAACGAGAAGAUGAAGUGGCGUCUCGGUGUCAUCAAAGGAACUACAGGGCGCAAAGGAAAACUAAACAAGACUCCUGAGAAUGGAGUCUGGAUGAUUGGAGUGAAGGAAGGAAAGAUUUAUGAGGCAUACAAGAACCCCAAAGUCCAACUUACACUCUUUGUGAGGCCACGGAAAAUUGGCAUCUUCCUGGAUUAUGAGGGAAAGCGUCUCUCCUUCUACAAUGUGGAUAAUCCUGAUGAGCUGAGUUUGAUCUAUACAUUUGAUGCAGACUUUCAAGGGAAGAUUUAUCCAAUUUUUGACCUUUGCUGCGUGGACAGAAGUGACUUAGCCCCUAUCACGCUUUGUCGUGUAUAAAUAACUCCAACCGUACAGCAAAGCACAUCAUGGGUAGCAUGUAACUUUAUGAUAAAAACUAUUUUUAAUCAACUUGUUCAGACAUGUUGUGACACACAUCUAUGACAGGUAGGACCUGAACUCAAAAGUUCCAGCCCAGAGGUUGUGAUCUAGAUUCUCUGAACUUGCUUUAUGAUAUCAUGGAAGCUGCUUUCAUGUCAUACUUAAUGCCUACUGAUUUUAUAACAUGUCUUGCCGAAUGAAAGGCAGUAUUUAAUUCCUGGGAUCCCUCUUUCCAACCUGGCGGAUCUCCUGGCUGGUCCAAAACACAGUUACUAUGUUUAGAUGCAAAUUGAUCUUUAUUUUAUUGGGCCUGUGCCUUUAAGCCUACUGAUCUGUGUGGGGUGAUUGUAAUAAGGUUUCCAAAAGCUCAGAAAAUGUUAAUGUCAAGAACAAUAAUUAACUGCUGAUAAAUUUCUGCCUUGAGGUGAAAAGAACAAUAAAGGGUUUGGUUUUCUAUGUUUUUAAAGAUAAUUUCAACUUGUAACAAAGUAUUGUUUGUAUCACUAAGACUAUUUUCUAUGUUUCUAAUUAUGUCUGGAUGUAACGUCUGUUUGAUGACAUCUGAAAUGUGACAGAUAUGGCUUGGUUGCAAGGUAUUUAUUGUAUGAUACAUACAAAAUCCUAUAAACAAAACAUAAAAUCUUAUUGCACAUAAGUAGCACAUUUAGCCCAUUUAACCUGUGCUGAUUCCUUGAAGGACCUCUCCAAUUUGUCACAAUUUCUUGCUUUCUUCCCAUUACCCUAAACAUUUCUGCCCUGUAAGUAUAUAUUCAAUUUGCAGAGGGCUCUUGUCGUGCAGUGUUAAUGUCCCUACCUCUGGGUCAGGAGAUAUGGAUUCAAGUCCAUUUUGCUCCGGAGGUAUGCAAUAACAACUGUGAACAGGUUGAUUUGAAAAUUAUUAUUAAAUAUGUUCCACUUCCCCAGAUUAGUGUCAUAGGCAAAUAUAUUAAUUUGCAUGCAGGCUUACAUUAUUGCUAAACAAUGUCCUUCCAAUGGGGCGGCACGAUGGUUAGCACUGCAGCCUCACAGCACCAGGGACCCGGGUUCAAUUCCAGCCUCAGGUAACUGUCUGAGCAGAGUUUGCACAUUCUCCCUGUGUCUGCAUGGGUUUCCUCCGGGUGCUCCAUUUUCCUCCCACAGUCCAAAGAUGUGCAGGUUAGGUGGAUCAGCCAUGCUAAAUUGCCCAUAGUGUUCAGGGGUGUGUGGGUUAUAGGGCGAUGGGUCUGGGUGGGAUGCUUCAAGGGGCAGUGUGGACUUGUUGGGCCGAAGGGCCUGUUUCCACACUGUAGGGAAUCUAAUGUGCUGUAUAAAGCACAUUGAACUUGUAUUAAAAAUUGCAAUGAUUUAAAAGGGCACCAAAGAUUCUUAAACUACUGCUCCAAUGCAUUAUAAAUGCAGUAACAAAAAGUGAAUUAAUAAAAUGAAUGACUGCAAAUACAAUUGAACCACAAUAGCACUUUGUACUGUUUUAACCUGUAGUACUCCUCAGAACUCACAGUGCAGAUUAUUGACUCAUGGGGAAAUAGAACUGGUAAAGCUGGUAGUGCUCAUGACUUUUAAUGAAAUAAUGAAAAAUAUUCUGUCAUUGGCAUAAUUUAAUUAAUAGGCCACCUCUGUGUAGCCAUCUAAUUCAAGAUGAUGAACAGUCUCCCGAGACAAGAAUGCCCAAAAGGAGAGCCUGAAGCACUGCAUAGAUGAUCCAUAGCUAGAAGUUCACACAACUGACAGGAAGGAAAUCGCAUAGGAGCUUCACAAUGGAGAUACCUGCAGGCGCUCGAUUUAAUACUUGAGAAAACAACAUGCGCACAGCUCUUAGGGUCAUCAGGAAAGAAUUUAAUCAGGCUGUGGCCUUCGCAUUUUUCUGGUAGAGUCAUGGUAGCGGUGACAGAGGGCCGGGCCUGCCUCUGGUAAGAAACUUGUUAAGAAAGCAUAUGGUGUUUUGGCUUUCAUUAACAGGGGGAUUGAGUUUAAGAGUCGUGAGAUCUUGUUGCAGCUCUAUAAAACUUUGGUUAGACCGCACUUGGAAUACUGCAUCCAGUUCUGGGCGCCCUAUUAUAGGAAAGAUGUGGAUGCUUUGGAGAGGGUUCAGAGGAGGUUUACCAGGAUGCUGCCUGGACUGGAGGGCUUAUCUUAUGAAGAGAGGUUGACUGAGCUCGGUCUCUUUUCAUUGGAGAAAAGGAGGAGGAGAGGGGACCUAAUUGAGGUAUACAAGAUAA